AUGAGGACGCAAAGCCUGCUCCCCGCUCUGCUGAGCCUCUCCCUGGUGCUGCUGGGGCCUGGCGAUGGAGUCAUUGUCUUGUCUGUCCCUGAAGUGGUUUCACUAGAAAGUGGAAGUUCAACAAACGUCACUAUCUCUUUGAGACCUCCACAAAAUGAGACACUGGUGAUAGCUCUUAAUAUCACACACUCCUCAAAACACAGCACUAUUGUUGAACUGCCUGCUGAAGUGCAAGUGCCUGCAGGACACACUAAAGCAGACUUCCAGGUGAAAGCAGAUGAUGUUGGACAAGUAACAGUUUAUCUUUAUGCCAUUAAUUCCAAUUUAACUGGACCUAGGAUUCAAUUUCAAGUUAUUCAUAGCAUCAUAGUGAGAUAUGCUGCUGAGGUGAUUGGAUGGAUCUAUUUCCUUGCCUGGUCUAUCUCCUUUUAUCCUCAACUCUUUGAGAACUGGCGACGAAAAAGUGUUGUUGGACUAAGCUUUGACUUUAUAGCAUUAAACCUUACUGGCUUUAUAGCAUACAGUGUGUUUAAUGUUGGACUCUUCUGGAUUCCCCUGAUUAAGGAGGAAUUCUUAGUCAGUUAUCCCAGUGGGGUGAAUCCUGUGGCUAUCAAUGACGUUUUCUUCAGCCUCCACGCAGUAGCUCUGACUCUCCUCACCAUCAUUCAGUGCUGCAUCUACGAGAGAGCAGAACAGAAAGUAUCCCAAGUUGUUGUUGGACUGCUGGCACUUGCCUGGAUCUUCACGUUUACAACACUGUUUCUUGCUGCAGCUGAGGAAAUGACAUGGCUACAGUUCUUAUUCUGCUUCUCUUACAUCAAGUUAGCAGUCACACUCAUCAAGUAUUUUCCACAGGCUUGCACAUGACAUGCUGACCAACUUCUUGUGCUCUCAGGCAGGCGUAAGAGCACUGAGGGAUGGAGCAUUGGAAAUGUGUUACUAGACUUCACUGGUGGAAGCUUCAGCCUUCUCCAGAUGUUUCUGCAGUCAUACAACAAUGAUCAGUGGAAGUUAAUCUUUGGAGAUCCAACCAAGUUUGGCCUGGGUGUCUUCUCCAUCAUCUUUGAUAUAGUUUUUAUGGUCCAGCACUACUGCCUCUACAGGAGACGAGGGUAUGAACCUUGUGAAUAACAGGUGAAGACAAACUUUAAACUGAACU